CUCAGCUCUCUCUCUCUCUCUCUCUCUCUCUGAGAUCCGUGAGGCCACCAUGGGUAGUGCUUCUAUCGAGCCCCAACGCCUGGUCGUGAGCUUUGCUCCCCCAAGAGACUUUGUCACCACUUUGAAAUCAGAUCUGAAAGAAACUUUCUUCCCCGACGAUCCAUUCCAGCAAUUUAGAAAUGAAAAACCAGCUCGCCGUCUUAAAAAAGCCCUACAAUACUUCAUCCCAAUCUUCGAAUGGCUUCCCAAAUACAACUUCCAUUUAUUCCGAUACGAUCUUCUCGCCGGAAUCACCAUUACAAGCCUCGCAAUCCCUCAGGGAAUCAGCUAUGCAAGACUUGCAUCCCUUCCUCCCAUCAUCGGCCUCUAUUCUAGCUUUGUUCCGCCGCUCAUAUACGCUGUUUUCGGGAACUCGAAGCAUCUUGCAGUGGGAACCGUGGCAGCAUGCUCGUUGUUCCUACAGUCAACCAUCUCAGACGUAGUAUCGCCAAACGAUGAUCCAGCAUUGUAUCUCCGCUUGAUAUUCACAUCAACGUUCAUCACUGGUAUCUUUCAGACGGCUCUAGGUUUUCUAAGGUUGGGAAUUCUAGUGGAUUUCUUAUCGCAUUCAACGAUAACUGGUUUUAUGGGUGGGACAGCGAUAAUCAUCUGCCUGCAACAGUUAAAGGGGAUUUUCGGAUUGCGUCAUUUUACGACUAAAACGGAUGUCAUAUCUGUAAUUCAUGCAAUCUUCAAGAACAGAAAAGAGUGGAGGUGGGAGAGCAUAGUUGUUGGGGUAACUUUCCUUUGUUUCCUUCAAGUAACUACAUACGUGAGAAAAAAGAAGCCAAAACUAUUCUGGGUUUCAGCUAUAGCUCCAAUGGUGACAGUGGUAGUAGGCUGUUUGUUUACUUAUUUCACUCACGCAGACGACCAUGGCAUCCAAAUUGUUGGACAUUUGAAGAAAGGAAUAAAUCCAUCUUCAAUUGGUUUAUUAAACUUUGACUCUAAAUAUCUAGCAACAGUAAUAAAAGCUGGGCUAGUAACAGGCCUUAUAGCUCUGGCUGAAGGGAUAGCGAUUGGAAGGAGCUUUGCCAUUAUGCAAAAUGAACAAGUUGAUGGGAACAAGGAGAUGAUAGCGUUUGGCUUCAUGAACAUUGUCGGAUCUUUCACUUCAUGCUACUUGACAACUGGACCAUUUUCCAAAACUGCUGUCAAUUUCAAUUCCGGAUGUAAGACGGCUAUGUCAAACAUAGUAAUGGCAGUGAGCAUGGCGCUGACGCUCCUCUUCUUGGCUUCUCUGUUUAGUCACACUCCUCUGGUUGCUUUAUCUGCCAUUAUCAUGUCCGCCAUGCUUGGCCUCAUCAAAUAUGAAGAGGCUUAUCACCUCUACAAGGUCGACAAGUUCGAUUUUAUCAUUUGCAUGGCUGCCUUCUUCGGUGUUGCUUUCAUAAGCAUGGAAGUGGGCCUCAUGAUUUCGGUUGGAUUUAGUCUAAUUAGAGCACUCAUAUAUGUGGCAAGGCCUGCAUCUUGUAAGCUUGGGAAAGUACCAAACUCAACUAUAUAUCGUGACAUGGAGCAAUAUCCAGAUUCAGCCGAUCUCAAGGGGAUCCUAGUUCUACAACUUGGUUCCCCAAUUUACUUUGCCAAUUCCACCUAUAUCAGAGAAAGGAUUUUGAGGUGGAUUCGAGAGGAGCAGGCUGUUUCAAACUUUGAAGGAAGUAUUCUUGAGCAUGUUUUAUUAGAUUUGACAGGAGUUACAUCGAUCGACAUUACGGGCAUUGAAACGUUAAUUGAAGUACGUAGAACCUUGCUAGCAAAUGACAUAAAGAUGGCAAUCAUAAACCCAAGGAUUAAGGUUAUGGAGAAGAUGAUAGCUUCGAAAUUCAUAGACAUCAUUGGGAGGGAGUAUGUUUUCUUGUCUAUAGAUGAUGCAACCGAAGCUUGUCGGUUUUCGCUUCAACGGCCAAAGCCAAACGGUAACUGCUCACUAGCUGAAGAGUACUGAUCCAGUACUGUACUGUUGUCUAAGAUGAGAUAUAUAGGUUGAGGUUAGAAUGUCAACCAGCCAUGCAUAUAAUAUGGCCGGUUUUUGUAAAAGAAAUAGCGUUUGUACGUCAUGUCCAACAGUUUCUUUCCUACCUCUUGUAAUAAAAA